AUGUCGAGCUCGUCGGAUUCCUCAGACUCCCGCAGUGAUAUGUCGGAAUUGCAUUCCGAAGAUGAUACUGGCGAAUACACUCAGCCAAAGCCUCACAAGAGCAACGGAUUUUCUGUUAGAAAUUUCCAGGAAAGAGAAGCUCUUGACCAAUCUGAUAGCAGCGAUGAAGUUGAUGAAGAAGAAGAAGUUGCCAAUGAAGCAGAUAAUCAAUUUUUAGAUAAUGACGAUGAUGUUGUAGAUCAAAAAGUUUUUCGUGAUUAUGACAAGCGCAGACGUCUAGAAGAACGCAAAGAGAAUAGAAUGCGACUCGAAAUGCUCAACCAGAUUUCUAAGGACUAUGCUCAAGUCGAUGAAACAGAAUUUAUCUUCGAUGAUUCAGCUCUUUCUCAGCCAUUUUCUUCAUACAGAAUUGCCCUCGAGCCAUCUACAGGUUCUAACCAGCUUUUCCAUGUAAAAUGCAAACCAGGAAAGGAACUCGUUGUAAUUUCUUACCUUUACGCCAAGUUUGCACAUUCACCAUCCCAAUACAAUCUUACUUUUGCCGCCUACACUCCAAAAAUCAGCUCAGGCUUCAUUUACGUUGAAGCGAGAACAUUAGCCGAUGCAAACACUCUCUGUUCUGAACUUCCAUUCAUUAUGAACCUCAACAGAAUGAAAAACCUCAAAUACAGUGAAAUGGCCAAGGCCAUGACCAUUCCAAGAACAGAAGUUGAUUUUCAUCCAGGAAAUUUCGUCGAAAUCCUCAAAGAUUCUCAAAGCGGAUAUUUCGUCAAAGGCGAUAUCGGUCAAGUCAUCAAUAUCAACAUCAACAGAAACAAGGUUAUGGUUAAACUUAUUCCUCGUAUUGAUUACGACCGUAUUGAGAGCGAUACCCUUCCAGAGAAGAAGAGCAAGGCCGCCAAAGAAGUUCGCAUCCCUCAAGCCGACUUCCAACCCGAGAGAAUCAUAAACCACGCGACAAUUACCGACACAACCUUACAAAUUGGCGAUUCUACAGUCGAAUUCAAGGAGUACGAUAACGCAUUAUUCUACGGCCCAUUCCUUUACCACGAAAUCGAGACAAAGAAACUACAAAAAGUUGCUUAUAUUCAAAUGGACUUCGGAAAGAAGUUCCAAGACAACUUUUACGACUUCGAACAGCGCAUACCAUACUUCAAGAACAACAUGUACUCAGCUCUUGGCCUUACAAACUCAACAACCUUCAAUCAAGGCGAUAUCGCAAGAAUUCUCGAACCACACGAAUACCAGGACGUCAUAGUUGAUGUCCUUGGAGUACAAGGAAACAUCAUCCAUGUCGCUCCUCGUGCUACAAACGAAGUAGAAAAAGCUCAAUACGACGGCAUCGAAUUCGACAUACAAUCCGACCUCCUCGAGAAGUACUUCCACGAAGGCGAUAGAGUUAAGAUCAUCGCCGGUGCAAAUAGAGGUAAAAUCGGUAUUGUUCUCGGUGUAGAUAUGAAAACAUUUACUGCACAGAUCCAAAUCACUUCAAUCGACGCGAUCGUAUCCGAAAAAGUGGCCAACCUUGCACAUACAAGAAGAGAAGAAGAGAUUCAGAUCGUUCUUGGCCAGUAUCGACUUAAUGAUUUCGUUGUUUUGCUUGAUAAGCAACGCGGUGUUAUCUGGCGUAUCGAGAAUGAUAUUGCAUUCAUUCUUUUGGAUACAGGUGUUGCUAUUUCCGCUGAUUUGUCUCGAAUCUUGUGCAAGGCAAGAGAUGAUACGGUCAGAGCAUCGAACGGAAAGGCCAUUACGAUCUCCAGCGUAGUCAAGGUCAAGGAUGAAAGGUAUAACGCCACAGUUAUCCACACAACCCACUCAAAAGUUUUCUUACAGUCCCAGCAGAAGCAAACAAUGGGCGGUUUGUUCGUCAGACCACCUUCCGAUAUCACCGUGUUCACCACGCCAAAGAACGUCGCUCCUUCGGCUGGAUCCGGCGGAUUCGUCAUUCAGCGUCCGAAACAAGACUUAUCGUUGAAGGGCCAGACGAUUAAGAUCAUCAAGGGCCCGUACAAAGGCUUGCUUGCCGAUGUUAAAGAGGCAACUGGCGAAGAUAUGCACGUAAUAUUGCAUACGACCAAAAAGAUUGUCAGAUUGUUCAGAACUAACGGCAUGUUCACUGUUGUCAAGAAGGAUAACAACGACUUCAUGAAAAGACUCUUCUCGAAGGAUGAUGACCUUCCUGCAGAAUCUGCUCCAUCUACAACACAACAACAAACAUACGACGCACCAACAUACGCACAAACAACUACACAACAAGAACCAGCACCUUCGAAUUACGGAAAUGCUUACAAUUCAGUUUAUUCUCCUCAAUCUGCAUCUCCUUCUUACGGAAGUACAACUUACGGAUCACCAUCGUCUUACGCUUACAACCAGCCGUACGGAGGCUACGGUUCUUCCUACGGAGAUAGCUACGGAUCGCCUGCAUCCAGCGCAUACGCUUACGGAGGCCAGGCAUCGCCAGCUGCUGUCCCGUACGGAUCGCCAGGUGCACAACCAUACGGAUCCCCUGCUGCAGCUCAGCCAUAUGGCUCUCCAGCCGCUGCAGCUCAACCUUACGGAUCUCCGACCGCAGCACAGCCAUACGGAUCCCCUGCUGCUGCACAGCCGUAUGGAUCUCCUACUGCCGCUCAGCCUUAUGGCUCUCCUACUUCUUACAGCCCACCUUAUGGAAAUAUGUAUUACCAGCAGAACAAACAGAAUUAA